AUGGCCCUCUCAUCGAAUGGACGAGGAAACGGACCAAACGCCACUGUUGCUCAACGCCUCCAAAAGGAGCUCAUGGACAUCAUGACCAAGCCCACACCCGGCAUCACAGCCUUCCCCGACGACGAAAACAUGACAAAGUGGACCGCCACCAUCGACGGCCCCGCAGACACACCCUACGCCAACCUCGUCUUCAAACUGUCAAUGGAAUUCGCAAACAACUAUCCCUACAGCCCACCAACCGUGCUCUACAAAACCCCCAUCUACCACCCCAACGUCGACUUCUCAGGCCGCAUCUGCCUCGACAUCCUCAAGGACAAAUGGAGCGCAAUCUACAACAUCACAACCGUGCUAUUGAGUCUGCAGAGUUUGCUGGGCGAACCGAACAACUCAAGCCCUUUAAACGGCCAGGCCGCUGAACUCUGGGACAAGGACCCUGCAGAGUACAAGCGUCUUGUAUUGGCUCGCCACAAAGCACCCGAGGAACUAGACGCGUGA